AUGGCUGAAGUUAAACAGUUACUGAACGAUUGUGCAAAGGAUUUUGAUCCGGCACUUGUUUUAAAGAGUAAGCAAAUUGAGUGCUUUGAACAUAUUUUAUCUGGUAAGGAUGUAAUUGUAAAUCUGCCAGUUGGAUACGGGAAAAGCCUUGUUUACCAAUUGUUGCCAGGCAUCAUGAAGAAGAAGGGGUUAACAAAGAAUGUUGUAUUGGUCGUAUCCCCCUUAAAUAUAAUACAGGAGGAGCAGUUAAAUUUUUUAGGAUCUCGCGGUGUCACAGCAUGUAGGUUACCAUACAGUGAUAAGGAACCAGACGUUGACAUGGAUUUGUCAAAAAUUCUUGAAAAUUCAGUCAUAUUUGCACACCCAGAGGCCUUGUUAAAUACUGACUUUGGGAAGUCACUUCUCCAAGACAGGGCUUUCAUAGAUGCAGUGGCAGCAGUGACAAUAGAUGAAUGUCACAUUGUUGAGGAAUGGGGAGCGGAGUUCAGGACAGCUUACAAAAAACUAAAGAUGUUGCCAGCAAUAUUUGAUAGAAUUCCCUUCAUUGCCUUAAGUGGGACCCUUACCAAAGAUCAAAUGAGGACAUUACCAGACAUCCUUGGCUUACUUUGUCCUGCGUUAGUACAGGAAACCCCAGAUAGAACCAAUAUAUUUCUUUCAAAAAUCAUGAAAGUGAAAAGUAGUGAUAUGUGUGGGGUGUAUGAGGAAAUCUUUAAAGAAGAGUGUGAAUUACUUCACAAAGACCCUAAAAUUUAUCCAAUAACACUAAUGUUUAUGCCAUUAUAUUACAUCAGCCAAGCAGCAGCAUACUUAAUGCAUCUCUUUGGACCUUGUGACAUAACAAAGUCUUGUUACUCUGUGUUGUAUUCUAGGCAGGAAAAGGCAGUAAUUAAAGCAACAGUAGAAGAAUUGUAUUUACCCCAACCCAGAAUUCGUUUAGUUCUUACAUCAUCGGUUGCUGGUAUGGGCUUUGAUCCUCCUUGCAUUGAGAGAGUGAUCCAUGCCAAACCACCAAGAAGUUUGUCUCAGUACCUGCAGGAAAUAGGACGGGCCGGUAGAAGAGGACAACCCAGUAAAGCCAUUCUCUAUUGUAAUAAACAAGAUGUUGCUAAGAAUUUACCAGGUAUCCAGGACAAUAUUGUUGAAUACUGUAACAAUGAUGUAAAGUGUCUCCGUGAAAUGCUGCUGGAACCAUUUGGAUUUUUGAAAUCUGACAAUAUUGAUGGUGACAAAUGUUGUUCAUAUUGCAAAAAACAGACAUCUUGUACAAAGUAA